CGGAGGGAUACACGGACAAUCCCCCCCUUCUGGUAGCGGCAAUAUACACGGCGUUCACCCGCCAGUGGAGCUCCAUCUAACGGACGAGCACAUUCCUGGUCAGCCUCCACACACCGACAAGCACACAAUCCAUCCGACAUGGCUGACCAACUAACAGAGGAGCAGAUUGCAGAGUUCAAGGAGGCCUUCUCCUUAUUCGACAAGGACGGCGAUGGCACCAUCACCACCAAAGAACUUGGCACCGUCAUGAGGUCGCUGGGACAGAACCCCACAGAGGCGGAGCUUCAGGACAUGAUCAAUGAGGUGGACGCUGACGGUAACGGAACCAUUGACUUCCCAGAGUUUUUGACCAUGAUGGCCAGGAAAAUGAAGGACACAGACAGCGAGGAGGAGAUCCGCGAGGCUUUCCGGGUAUUUGACAAGGAUGGAAACGGCUACAUCAGCGCCGCAGAACUCCGUCAUGUCAUGACGAACUUGGGAGAGAAGCUAACGGACGAGGAGGUGGACGAGAUGAUCAGAGAAGCAGACAUCGACGGAGACGGACAAGUCAACUAUGAAGAGUUUGUACAGAUGAUGACCGCAAAGUGAAGCUCGCCCGUCCCGUUCUGUCCCCCUCUUAGAAAAAAAAAGGAAAAAAAAAAACAAAGAAAAAUAUGACAAAAAAAAAAUUCCCAAAUGUUUUACUUACCUCUUAAAGAAGAAAAAAAAAACUGUUCAUUUAUUCAUACUGUUUCUGUAUAGAAAAAUAAUUGAAUGUUGAAAUAAAAAUAUCCUUCUGUCCACACAGGGAAAUAUUACAAAAAAAAUAUAUAUAUAUAUAUACAAAAAUAUCUGCAUGAAAAAAGAUGGUUAGUGAUCCUACCCCUCCCUCGCCCCCCCCUUCCCCCCACUGGAGAUCAGUUUAGCAUCAGUACUGAACAAAUAACAUCCACCCUGUAAACGACUUAUUUCAGACUAAAAACUAUUUUGGUGUCCAGUUCCAUUUGCUUGUUUUAAAUGUCCGAGCUGGUCAUCUUCUCUUUAUCUCUUUUUUUCUGAUCUUUGUGCAUGCAGCUUGAGACCGGAGCACAUACACACACACAUAUACCUGACCUUUUCCCUAAAAAUUCCCAUCCCUCCUGCAGCCUAUCGGAGCGUGCUAAUUCCACUAUACGCUGUCCUAUUGAUGGUUUGGUACAGUUUUUUUGUAUUUGUGGAAGAACCCAGUAAAAAUGAGAUGAUAUUCCAGGUUUAACUCAUAAAGAGGAACGGGGAUUAAAUGUAUGCUAGUUAAAAAGGGGGGGAAUGAUGUUAAAAAAAAUACAUUUUGGCAUGUUUUUUUAUGUUCUAUGGACGACCAUCUUAGUAGUGUCCUGCCCUUUAAAGAGGAAGAGGAAGUGAAAAAAAGGGGGAGGGGCUUGAACAGUCUUACAGUGAGCUUUUAUUUUUUUGUUUUCUUUGCUAAGAUGGCAUGUCUGUCCUGUUUUUCUUGCAAGAGAGAAUCACUGGCCUUCACUUUUUUUUUUUUUCUUUCUUCUGUUUUUCUCGACUCGGACGAGACGGGAGCGAACGGCGUGCUGCGUUCACGGGGCACGCCGACGCGCUCUCUUGAGUUCAGUUUACAUUCAUUCCAAGUUGUACAUGCUAUAGUUUUGUUUUUUUUGUUUGUUUUUUUUUUCAAAUAAAAACCAUGAACUUUAUUAAA